UUAUCAAGGAAAGAAUUAGAAAAAUCUCAUAUUUCAGUCAGAGCUUUAUAGUGUGCCUGCAGAAUCAGUAAAUAAAGUGUUUUCAAAAAUACUAGAAAUUAAAAAUGUCUUCAACAGAGGAAUUAUUCAUUAUUGAUACAGACACUGGGGUAGAUGACGCAAUAGCCAUCCUUCAGAUGAUAGCAGCAAAGAAGUCAGGAAAGGUUAAACUGCUCUGUAUAACAGCUGUGGCUGGCAACUGUUCUUCAAAUGAUGCAGUACAGAACAUAUGUAGGGUGUUGGAUACAGUUAAUGUACACGAUGUACCUGUGUACAGGGGUGCAACGGAAUCCAUAGUUUCAUCCUUUGAUCCUGUGGCCAAGUUUCAUGGAAAUGAUGGAUUCAAUGAUGUUCCCUUUGAGCAUGAACCUAAUAUGUCAAGGGUUCAGGAUGAUUUUGCUUGGAAAGUAAUUAGUGAUUUAUCUAAAGAAUAUCCUCAGCUCAUAAACGUGGUUGCUAUUGGUCCUCUCACAAAUAUAGCUCUAGCAAUGAAGUUCGAUCCAGAACUAUCAACUAGGCUCAAAACCUUGUUCAUUAUGGGAGGAAAUAUAGAGGGCAUUGGAAAUGUUUCUGAAGCAGCUGAGUUUAAUUUCCACGCUGAUCCUGAAGCAGCAAGUAUAGUGCUAAGGUUAACAAGAUGUCCAACAUAUAUUGCAUCCUGGGAGCUCUGUCUCAAGUAUACUUCCAUAAAUAUGAAGUGGAGAAGUGAGGUAUUAGGAAGUAUGAAGAAGCCAGCUGCAGAUCUAAUUAAUAAACUAGAAGAGAUCUGGUUCAAUGACUGGCCCUUUGGAGAGAAUUGGAUUCUCUGUGAUCAGCUGGCCAUGGUUGCUGCACUUAAUAGAAACUCAAUUAAAAAGAAUUCUCAGCAUUUCGCUCAAGUAGAGUUAAAGGGUGAUCUUACACGAGGCAUGAUGGUUCUUGAUCAAAGACAUCAAAGAGAAAGUUCCAAACCUCGGAACAAUGUGAUAAUAAUAGAAGAAUUGGAUCAACAGUGUAUUAUGGAUCAGAUGAGGGAUGCAUUCAAUCAAUAAUUAUUAAAAUGUAUCACAAACUAUGGAUUUAUUUCUUAAUAUAUUCAAUUAUUGUA